CUCUGCCUGCAGGGUCCCAUUAGCGCGGGCGGCAGAGGCUGGACGCCCGGUGCUGCCUCUCUGCAGGAGCCCGACGCCAAGCGCGCAUCCUCGGCUGCGUGUGUGUUUUACAGCCCUCCAUGCUACCCGACUAAAAGGAGAAAAUGGGCACCGGGGAUUUCAUCUGCAUUUCCAUGACCGGAGGGGCGCCCUGGGGCUUCAGACUGCAAGGUGGCAAGGAGCAGAAGCAGCCCCUCCUAGUUGCUAAGAUCCGAAGCCAGAGCAAAGCCUCGGGAUCUGGGCUCUGUGAGGGCGAUGAAGUGGUUUCCAUCAACGGCAACCUGUGUGCGGACCUCACGUACCCGCAGGUGAUUGAGCUCAUGGAGAGCGUGACGGACUCUCUGCAAAUGCUCAUCAAACGACCUUCCAGUGGAAUAAAUGAGACUUUGAUCUCUGAAACUGAAAUAAAAAACCAUGAGCAUCUCCCCUACGAGGGGAGCGUGGAAAGCACGACCCUGCAGAUCCGACCAGCCACAAAGUGCCAGUACAGAGAGCCCUGCACCACCCCAGCCAAGAGUGGAGCUCCCCUCGCUGAGGACCAAGGAAGGGGUCCUGGCUUUUCUGGGAGCAAAAACGAAGAAACAGUCCUGAGCUACCAGGCGGCCCCCCACAUGCCUGAGGCCCCAAGAGGACACGUGACAGAGGAGGUGAUCUUACGGGAGAAAGUGGCCAUGGGGCGGCCAGGCCCUGUGGUUGAGCUACAACUGUCCCUUUCCCAGGAGGGACCCAAGGGCACUAGUGCCCCUGUCGUGGCUCUCUUGGGAGCUGAAAAAUCUAAGUCUCCUGACCCAGAUCCUAACUUACACCACGGCAGGGUUGUCCACAUAAACUCAGUUCCCACUAAUGAGAAAGGGGACCCCUCUCUGCGGUCCAGCAAGAUAAUCCAGAUCUCCAGUGGCCAAGAGCUGAGAGUGAUCCAAGCCCGGGAGGCAGGGGACGCAGGGCUGCCCCGAGUGGAAGUGGUCCUGGACUGCUCUGACAGGCAGAAGACGGAAGGGUGCAGGCUUCAGGCAGGAAACGGGGGUGUGGAUGCUCCCGGGGAAGGAGGGCAGUCAGAAGCACCUCCUUCUCUGGUCUCCUUUGCCGUCUCAUCAGAAGGCACGGAGCAGGGAGAAGAGCCGCGCUCGGAAAGGGAUCACAGCAGACCACACAAGCACAGAGCGCGCCACGCACGGCUCCGGAGGAGUGAAAGCCUCUCUGAGAAGCAGGUGAAAGAGGCGAAGUCCAAAUGCAAGAGCAUCGCCCUGCUCCUGACCGACGCCCCCAACCCCCACUCCAAGGGGGUGCUGAUGUUUAAGAAGAGGCGGCGGCGGGCCAGGAAGUUCACGCUCAUCAGCUACGGGACGGGCCAGCUCGGGCGGCAGGAGGACCCGGAGGACCUGGACGACGGCGACGGGGACGACGCCUUCGAGGUAGCUCUGCUGGGCGCCAGCGAGUCGGACGCGGACGAGGGGCUGUUGUCCGACCCGGACGACAACGCACCAGUGGUGAACUUCGACUGGGACUCGGGACUGGUGGACAUUGAGAAGAAGGCGCGCCGCGGGGACAGGAUGGACAUGCUGCCGGACACCACAGGCAAGGGGGCGCUCAUGUUCGCCAGGAGGAGGGAGAGGAUGGACCAGAUCAGCGCCCAGGAGGAGGGCCGGGCGGGCGCAGGGCACACGGACGGCCCGGCCCCGGCCCCGGCCCCGGCCCCGGCCCACCGCAGGGCGGAGCAGGCGUCGGUGGCCGCGCACAGCCACAGCGCCGUGAGCAGGAGCUACAUCGAGGUGAGCCGGGGGCCCGGCCUCGCGCCCCAGCAGAACGGCCUCGGCACAGCGCCCGAGCCGGCGGAGGCCCACCGCACGGUGCCCGUGAACAGGACGGCCAGGCCCUUCCCGGGGCCUGGGCACCAGCCUGCGGCCCUCUUCUCCCCGCCCCGGAGCGUGGCGAGCCCCGUGGCCGACUUUCCCGCGCCUCCGCCCUACUCUGCGGUCACACCGCCCCCCGAAGCCUUGGCCAGGGCGGCGUCGAGCCCGGGGGCCGGCCCCGCACAGCCGCCGCCGUGGCCCCAGCCCGCCCCGUGGUCCCAGCCGGCCUUUUACGAUGCGUCGGAGCGCAUCGCCUCCCGGGAUGAGCGGAUCGCGGUGCCGGCCAAAAGAACAGGCAUACUGCAGGAGGCCAAGCGGAGGAGCACGACGAAGCCCAUGUUCACGUUCAAGGAGCCCAAAGUGAGCCCGAAUCCCGAACUCCUGUCGCUUCUCCAAAACGCGGAGGGCAAACGGGGCACCGGAGCUGGAGGUGACUCGGGCCCCGAGGAAGACUACCUCAGCUUAGGGGCAGAGGCCUGUAAUUUCAUGCAGAGCCCCUCUGCCAAACAAAAGACACCCCCUCCCGUCGCUCCCAAACCUGCAGCGAAGUCCUCACCCUCCCAGCCGGCCACCCCAGCCUCGCCAGUCUGUUCCCCCGGGGCGGCUCCGGCGCAGCCCCCUGCCUUCCCCACGUCCGGCCCGUCGCAGGGCGCCGUGGUCUCGUCCGUCAAAACGGCCCAGCCUUCUUACCCUGCCGCGCGGCCCGCGAGUGCCCUCAACGUGGCUGGUCCCUUCAGAGGACCCCAGGCAGCAGUUGCCAGUCUGAACUCCACAGCCAAGCCCGUGGCUGCCGCACCCGCUGCGGCGGGGCCGCCCCCAGAGCUCCCCGAGAUGCGCGGGAAAGGUGCCCAGCUCUUUGCCAAGAGGCAGUCCCGGAUGGAGAAGUACGUGGUGGACUCGGACACGGUGCAGGCCCACGCCGCUCGCGCGCAGUCCCCCACGCCGUCGCUGCCGGCCACGUGGAAGUACUCCCCCAACGUCCGCGCGCCGCCUCCCGUGGCCUACAACCCGAUCCACUCCCCCUCCUACCCGCUGGCCGCCGUCAAGUCCCAGCCGGGAGCGCCACAGGCCUCCAAGACCAGCAAGAAAAAGGGCAAGAAGCCUCUCAACGCUCUGGAUGUCAUGAAGCACCAGCCCUACCAGCUGAACGCGUCCUUGUUCACUUUCCAGCCUCCAGACGCAAAGGCUGGCCUCCCCCAGAAGGCGCCCGCCAAGCUCAGCUCGGUACCGGCCAUGAAGCAAGCUCUCCCUCCCCGGGCGGUGAACGCCGGCUCGCCCACUGGCGUGCGGGCCUCGUCCGUGUACUCGGUGCCGGCCUACAGCGCUCAGCCCGCCUUCUUCGCGGAGGCCACCUCGCCGGUCAGCGCAAGCCCCGUGCCCGGCGGCGUCCCCAGCUCGCCAAAGCAGGAGUCAGCCUCGGCACCUUAUUUUGUGGCACCAAGGCCGAAGUUCUCAGCCAAGAAGAGUGGUGUCACAGUUCAGGAGAGGGAACGCUCCCAGUCUCUUCCCGGAAGACCAGCCCCGCCCACCAUUGCUACAUCGCCAUGGGCCUACCAGCUGGCCUGGAGCUCCCCUACCCAACCAGCUGGGGGGCUAGAGAGAGCAAACAGGAGACUGAGCCCUUGGGAAGCGGCAGCACAGUCUCCUCUUGGCCGAGUGGAUGCUGCCUUUAAACCCAGAAGCAUCCAGGAAUCCAUCGCGGCAAAUGUGGUCUCAGCAGCUCGGAGGAAGGUGCUUCCCAGGGCCUUGGAGGACUGGAGUGAGACACUGUCCUGUGCUCCCCAAGCCCCGCAGGUCUGCGUGGGCUCGUCUGGGCGAGAGCACAGUGCCGCACUCCUCGCCAACGACAGCAUGCUCACCAACUCCCAGUAUGGCUCAGGGCUGCCAUAUGCACACCAUAGGCAGCCUUCCAGAAAUGAUUCUGAAGUCGCGUCUGAUCACUGUCUUUCCGUAGCUGAUUGCAACUAUAACCCACACCCAAGGGGGUGGAGACGCCAAACAUGAAAGUCAGAGCUGGUCGUGUACCACCCACAACAGUAACUUUUACAUGUUCUUUUGCAGGGUUUUUGACUUAUCUGGUAGAUUUAGACUCAUGUCAGUCUUAGCUUGUUCUCAGAAUCACCUGAGUGUGUGUGCAUGUGUACACAUGUGCGUGUGAGUCAUUUCCUUGUCUGCUGCUGCACGAAGAAUUUCUUUGAAGAAAAAAUGCAUUUUCUGCAUUAAUGUGCUGGCACUUAUACCUAAUCCAUAAUCUCAAUUCCAUUUAUUCCAUGAACAUGGAGUAAUCUAGGCAACAAAACCAAGCUCAAGUAAACGAAAUUAAGCCUUUUCUUCUAUGCAUCUUGUUUCCGGAAGGAGUUAAUGAAAUGCAGUGUAUGAACUGCCAAUAGCAGUGACAGUGAGGUGUGGCACACUGUAGAUGCUGUCAGUGGGACCAUGCCAGAGAACAAUCAUAAAAACGAUGUCCUUGGUGUUACUUUAAGCAUUUCUCAGAAACACUUAAAAAUGUAUUAAAAUUCAGGUUUGGUUUUCAGAAUUGAAAUAUAGGCAUUCUAAGAAAGAAAAAUCUGAGAGUAAGAGGAUUAUACAUUUCAGAGGAGUUUUGAAGUAAAUGGUGUAAUGUGUGGGGAGUAGAAAGAUUUAAGUAUAGGAUUUUUAAAAUCAAUUUAAAGCCAGCAGCCUGAGACAGGAAUAGACUCAGGGUUCUGGUAUCCUCAUUGAUUAGAUGAGCAAAUCAGGUUAUCUAAUCUCUUGUAUCCUUAACAGCUCUGAUACUCUGAGAUACUCUCAUUGAUGCAUUAUUCAUUUUUGUUGCUCAUCAUAUAAAUAUCAGAUUAAAUUUAGGAGUGGAUUAGGUCAUUGAUGUCACCUCAUGUAUCAUUAAAGGUCUAAAGAAAUUGUUGGGUGGCAGGUUUUGUGCUACGUGUUACAUGGAGUGAGGGUUGAUGUGAAUAAAAAAACUUGAUGGAUUUAAGGAAGUGGUAGAUGGAUGUGUCUGUUAUUAUGCAACUGAAGGGCAUGACCAUUUAUUUAGUUAUAGAAAACAUGCCACAGGAGCCUAUGCAACAAGUGGUGUUUCUUUAGAUAAAGUCAUCACUAGGAUGUUCAAAGGAAGUUAGACAGCUGCUUGGUCCAUCCCAUGACCCGUACUAGUCAGCAUGACCAUGAGACAGUCAGUCAAACACCAUGCUCACUGCCAUACCCGCAAAGUAUCAAGCACAGGAAAAUUCAAUGUAUGCUACAUCAUAAACAAGUAUUAAGAAUAUUUUUAAAUUAAAAAAAAAAACAUUGAGUAUUCAAAACUUUCUUAGGUUUUUAAAAGUGAUUAUUUUGUUUUACUUUUUAACGUUUGAACUUAUUAUGAUGGUGUCUUUCACAGAAUAAAAGUUUUAAAAAAAUCUUCCAGGGUACAAGUGACCCCUUCCCUUGGAAGUAAAAGAAAACAAAUUUGAAGAAAUCACAAGUUCUAUAACUGAUGGACCCAACCGGAUGCUAAUUUGUUUAGUUAAGGAGAAAAGAUGAACAUUUUCCAAAGUUAUAGUGUUAAAUUAUCUUGAAUUGAUAUAGUGUUAAUUCUCUCAAAUUAUAAGACAUACUUAUUGAUCCCUAAGCGUUUCUAAGGAAUCCUAAAAAGUAAUGCCGGCCAUAUUGAUUCAUCUCUUAGCAACUCCUCGGGGACCCCCACACGAAACACUGACUCCUUUCAAACUUUACUUUAGUGGUUCAAUUAUUGUAGUUGGGAAUGUUUUAAGAAAUGGUUGGUUUAGCGGGAAAGACUUUGCCUGAUGGCAUCAGACCAUAUUCUGUCGCUUUCUUUUAUAAAUGCCGGCUGUUAUUUCCACUACUCCUAGGAUUUGAUGUAGCCCGAUUCCAGAAGCUGAUAUAUGCUGUACUGUUAUUCACUGAAACUUUCACUAGACUCAAAAUACAGAAAGGCAGGCAUUUUAAACUUAAAUAUUAUUAUUAUAAAACAGCCAUCUUCCUCUUUGCACUAGAUCAAAAUUGUCAUCUGUAUGAAGUUACCUGAAUUUAUUCUAGAUACCAAGAGAAAGACAAUCCAUGGCAGGAAAGUUGUACAUUUUAUGCACAAAGAAAUGAAGGUCUCAUAUGUUUAUUAGAAAUCAAUGUUUCAAGAAGUCAUGCUUUGCAGGUAUAAUUCUGAAAAGCAAAAGGGCCACUGUCAAAUCAUCACACAAUGUACUGUGUGUGUUUAUUUUAUUCCCAGUUUACUUGAAAAGGCGUGAAGCUGGCACAUUCAAGCUAUUGUUUGAGGUAGGGCGCUGCCAGGCUGAGAGCUGGUACCUACCUGUGAGUGAGAUGACAGACUUAGGUAACUGUCGGAUAGACACAGCCAUUUUUGGGAAGAGCUGUUGCUGGCAAACGCAUGCCACACUUGUUGUUAAGACUUUUCUGCUAGUAGCAAGAGUUCCUGCCGUACCAUGGAUUAAAAUUAUUCUCUAAACUUACAGUGUACCAGCCAUAGGGACACUAAUUUGGCCCAUUUCCUCCCUCUUGAGCUUAAAUGCCUUAUUAUUGCAUGUUGUGGAGUGCUCGUCAUUACAAUGAUUUAAAUUGCAUCUCAUAUUUUGAGUUUUAAAAAUGCACAGAUUCUAGCCCAUUUAUCUCUGAAUAUGUCUCUUUUAUGCUUUGACACCAUAACUCACAUUGGAAAGAGCCAACCUAUUAGGGCUCAAGCACAUAGAUGUAGUAAUGAAUUGAAACUUUGGGUAAAAAAAUGGUUGUAUUAAGUAGGCUCAGUUACGAUAAUUAGAGAGGCAUUAUAGAAAUGUUUGUUUUUAAGAGAAAGUAGACUUUCACAUUUGGUUUCCAGUCAAAGUAGAAGUAUCUACACUUUCCACACUUGUCCAUUCGGGAAAGACUGUUUUCCUGCUAAUUAGAUUGACAUUUCCACCUGUGCUUAUCCCAAAAGACUGUAUUUAAAAGGUGCAUACUGAAAUUCAAAAUUAUAUUAGUAAU